UAGUCGAGGAGGAGGCUGUGUCGCUGUUGGCGGCGGUCGAGGGGGUGGUGAGAACGGAGGUGUUGGGGAGGGCCGUGGUCCGCUAGUUUGGCCCAGACUUCGGCUUAUGGCCUGGAGCGGCGGCGCCGACCUUCAGAUCACUAACUAAAGACCAAAUAAAUAGCUAUGCAAAAUUCUCACAUGGACGAGUACAGAAAUUCUGGCAAUGGCAGCACAGGCAUCAGUUCAGAGGCAGCAGUGGCAGAGCAUCCUGCUGACUUCAGUACGGAGAUUAUGAAUGUUACAGAAAUGGAACAAUCACCAGACAGCUCUCCCAGUGUGAAUGCACCAACAGAAGAAAGUGAAAUGGCAAAUGCUGUGGAACUUCCCGUGACAGAAACAGAAGCAAAUUUCCCUUUAGAAUAUGAAAAAUUUUGGAAAACUAUAGAAAGUAAUCCUCAGGAUUUUACAGGCUGGGUUUAUUUGCUCCAGUAUGUAGAACAGGAGAAUCACUUGAUGGCUGCCAGGAAAGCAUUUGACAAAUUUUUCAUACACUACCCAUAUUGCUAUGGUUAUUGGAAAAAGUAUGCAGACCUUGAAAAGCGACAUGACAACGUUAAACAUUCAGAUGAGGUGUAUCGACGGGGGCUUCAGGCAAUACCUCUUAGUGUUGAUCUUUGGAUACACUAUAUAAACUUCUUAAAAGAAACAUUGGACCCUGGUGAUCCUGAGACAAACAGUACAAUAAGAGGAACUUUUGAGCAUGCUGUUCUAGCUGCAGGAACAGAUUUCCGAUCUGACAGACUAUGGGAAAUGUAUAUAAACUGGGAAAAUGAGCAGGGGAAUCUACGAGAAGUUACAGCUAUCUAUGAUCGUAUUCUUGGCAUCCCAACACAACUGUAUAGUCAUCAUUUUCAGAGAUUUAAAGAACACGUUCAGAAUAACUUGCCUAGAGAUCUGUUAACUGGUGAACAGUUUAUUCAGCUCAGAAGAGAGUUAGCUUCUGUAAAUGGACACAGUGGUGAUGAUGGUCCUCCUGGUGAUGACCUCCCAUCAGGAAUUGAGGAUAUUACUGAUCCAGCAAAGCUUAUUACUGAAAUUGAAAAUAUGAGACAUAGAAUCAUUGAAAUUCAUCAAGAAAUGUUUAACUAUAAUGAGCAUGAAGUUAGCAAAAGGUGGACAUUUGAAGAAGGUAUUAAACGACCUUAUUUUCAUGUGAAACCAUUGGAAAAAGCCCAGCUAAAAAACUGGAAAGAAUACUUAGAAUUUGAAAUUGAAAAUGGGACUCAUGAAAGAGUUGUGGUUCUCUUUGAAAGAUGUGUCAUAUCAUGUGCCCUCUAUGAGGAAUUUUGGAUUAAGUAUGCCAAGUACAUGGAAAACCAUAGCAUUGAAGGAGUGAGGCAUGUCUUCAGCAGAGCUUGUACUAUUCAUCUCCCAAAGAAACCCAUGGUGCAUAUGCUUUGGGCAGCUUUUGAGGAACAGCAGGGCAAUAUUAAUGAAGCCAGGAGUAUCUUGAGAACAUUUGAAGAAUGUGUAUUAGGAUUGGCAAUGGUUCGUUUGCGAAGAGUAAGUUUAGAACGACGGCAUGGAAAUAUGGAAGAAGCUGAACAUUUGCUUCAAGAAGCUAUUAAUAAUGCCAAAUCAAACAACGAAUCAUCAUUUUAUUCUAUCAAACUAGCCCGACAUCUUUUCAAAAUACAAAAAAAUUUUCCAAAAUCAAGAAAAGUGCUUUUGGAAGCAAUUGAAAGAGAUAAAGAGAACACAAAAUUAUACCUCAAUUUACUUGAAAUGGAAUACAGUGGUGACCUCAAACAAAAUGAAGAAAAUAUUCUCAAUUGUUUUGACAAAGCUAUACAUGGUUCAUUACCUAUUAAGAUGAAAAUUACAUUUUCUCAGAGAAAAGUGGAAUUCCUUGAAGAUUUUGGCUCAGAUGUUAAUAAGCUUCUGAAUGCUUAUGAUGAACAUCAGACACUCUUAAAAGAACAGGAUACUUUAAAAAGGAAAGCAGAAAAUGGAUCAGAAGAACCAGAAGAAAAGAAAGCACACACAGAAGACACAUCAUCAUCUACACAGAUGAUUGAUGGUGAUCUACAGGCAAAUCAAGCUGCGUAUAAUUACAGUGCCUGGUAUCAGUACAAUUAUCAGAAUCCAUGGAAUUACGGACAGUAUUAUCCUCCCCCUCCAACCUGAUGGGAAAAUGUAAAUUCCAGAUGGAAUAUGUGAAAAUAUGAAAUUAUUUUUUUUAAAUAAGGGAUGUAAACAUAUCUUAAGUUUGUUGUAUUUGAUAACUUGGUCUUCCCAAUUUCUCUGUAACAUGAUUUAAUAGAAUGUCAAUUAGUAGCUUAUCACAGAUACUGUUUCCUACCAUUUAUAAAAUUUACUUUUUAUUGGAGAAAAAGGUUUUUUAUUUUUAUUUUUUUGCAUCAAGUGGUCUAGAAUUCUUUUGCAACUCAACUUGUAGGUGUUUUGUAGCCUUAAGUGUAGGGGAAAAGCUGAUUGCAAAUCACAUCAGUGUAGUAUAAGAUCCUCAAAAAAAGGGCUGAUUAAUCACCUGUAAAAACAAUUUGAAAAACAGAUUUUGAACAGUGCUAAUGAGGUUGAUUAUUUAAGUUAAUACUUGUGAAUUUGGAUCUAACUGCAGAAAAGACACUUCAAAUGGGAAGAUGUAAUACUUGCAUCCUUUAAGAAAUGAAAAUCAUAUUAAAGAUAUGUUGUUUUGGCAGACUGUGUAUUUAGUAUAUUCAUGUAAAACUUGUGAGCAAGCUUUCAUUUUGAUCAAACUGAUCAUCUUCAUUUUUGUAAUAAAACUGAAGACUCAUCCAGCAAUUGUUUAUGAACUCAUUUUGGGGAGGGAGAGCACCUAAUAUAUACUCAACCUUAGUGGCUUGUUUUGAAGUGAACUUUCCCUGAAUUUGUCUUUUACCUUCUGGCCAAAAUUUCUUAGUUCAUUAAGCUUUCUGCUUCAAGUUCUAAGCAUUUAAUCUCUCACCACGGAGGAAUACAUUUUUAGUGUCCUUAACAACUAUUCAGAUUUAUUGUUAUACUCUGAUUAGAUGAAGCCUCCCUUUACUUAAUCCAUAAAUUAUGAUAGUAGUACUAAACAAACAGACCAGUCCAGCCGGUUCAUACCUUUUUAUUGAGCCUUUGAGUUUACAUUGUAAGGUACAAGGAAAAACAGUUCUCUUUAAUAUUUUACACAGCUAUAGCAAAAUACAUGGGACUAUAUGACUUAUAAGGGAUUACAUUUCUCAAAAACUGGGAUCAAGUAAACAACAAUGAAUUUUCCAGUUGACACUUCCCUUAUAAUAGUAAUAAGCUCUAAUUGGUUAUAUAAGUUUCAAUGCCAAGUCUUAUCAUUGUUGAUAAUGUCUGGACCUCUGAAGCACUGCUAUUUCAAUCAAUAUCUACUAAUUCCACUUCAAAAGUGAGUUUUGCAUUUGGUGGAAUUCUGUUUGGAAAGUCAAGGUAAAUUUGAUAAAAACUGCCUUUAUCCCUUAAGCCUGAAUAUAUAAUAUUACAAUUAUGUAUCCUGGGUAUUAGUGAUGUAAGUCCAAAAGAACUUGGGGUUGGGCAUUGUAGCCUAUAAUCUCAACAUUUCAGGGAAGGACAAAAUUCUGAGUUCUAGACCAGCAUGCAAUAAAUCUGGUUUUCUUUUUAAAGGAAUAGUUAUGUAUUUGAUUGAGAGGCUAAUGCAUAAUAACCAAGUAUCUUAAAUUAUAAUAAAAAUUAUAUUCAAUAUAUAGGCUGAAUGAGUUUCAGUUGGUAUCUUGAUGCCUCAUUACUGCUACCAAAUUAGCAAAUAAAGUCUCAAUACUUAAUACAAAAGUGAAUUUGGCCUGCUGAGUAUAUAGGCUAUACUAAGUCAAAGUCUGUAUGAAGUAGUACACACCUACUAUGAAUUCAGAGAAGGGUGUGAAGGUUUAGUACUGGGAGAGAAGCUGCAGCUGACCAUCUAAUUUUUGGUAGGCUGGCUGAGGACAAGUUCAUUCUCAAAUAAGUUUAAGAGUACAUAGAAGAUUUCCAACUACCCUUACCCCCUUUCAUCUCCACAUCCCAAACUUAUUAACUGGGCCAACAGAAUGGAAACAACAGUUAAAAAUUACAUUUCCUCGUAACUGUUAGAUUGGUCUAGCUCUAAAUGGUCUAAAUUGCCUUUUUGCUUUUUGUAAAUGUUCACAAAUUGGGCCUACAGAGAAGUACUGUCAUUAGUAUUAAUAAAUGCUUACUAACAUUA